AGAUGGAUGACGGCGACGAGCCGGGCGUCGUGCUCUCCCACAACACGGCUUCAGGCUCCAAGUCGAGCGGGGACAAGAUGUUCUCCCUGAAGAAGUGGAACGCCGUGGCCAUGUGGAGCUGGGACGUGGAGUGCGACACCUGCGCCAUCUGCCGGGUCCAGGUGAUGGACGCGUGUCUGCGGUGCCAGGCGGAAAACAAGCAGGAGGACUGUGUCGUGGUGUGGGGUGAAUGCAACCACUCGUUCCAUAACUGCUGCAUGUCUCUGUGGGUGAAGCAGAACAACCGCUGUCCGCUCUGCCAGCAGGACUGGGUGGUGCAGAGGAUCGGCAAGUAGCUCCUCUAGGGGAGCACCGGAGGGGCUGAGGGCCGCAGAGACGGCCAGGAGGAGGAGGAGGAGGAGGAGA